GACUUUGAUGGCUCAGCAGAGACUGAGAGAAAGAGGCAAGCUAUUAUCAUGGUUGCUGUGCUCUCAAAACAUGGCUCAAAGUUUGCGUUGUGUCUUCUGGUUAUUAUAGCAAUUACAUCUACUUUUGUCCUCUAUCUAACGCGACAGCAACCAAAGGCAUUCCUUCAUCAAUCAUCCCAAUCAGCUUCUCUCUUUAUAUCAAUUAACUAUUUACCGUCGGUUUUUACUAAUGCGACACCUUCACCACUUAUUGCAACUACAAGGAAACCAGUCAAGGAUUGCCCUUUUACUGAUGAUUUUGGGGAAGUUGGGUCAUUACUUCGGAAUGGUCGUACUGGUGCAGUGACACUUACAAAAACCAGAGGUGUGGGAUACUGGGUAGGUCUCCACUUCUCUGACCAGGGGACUGGAGCGUUUUUGAACAUGAUGAGCUUUCUUUGUCUGUCAUCGUUCGUGGGUGGAGUCCGAGUUGUCGAGCCUUUUGCUUUUGGCUCCAAUGUCGGUCAGAAGGCCAAUGAAAACUGGACGGAGCAACUUCCAUUCAGUGACGUCUUUGAUGCUGACGAGUUUAAUUAUUUUGCGAGAUCUCGGGGGUUUAGCUCAUUGGUACCGUACAGUAAGUUUCUAGCUGACGCUCCCCGAAAACUUCUGGUUGCGCAGUACAAGUGUGAUACCAAGUUCAGUCGCUGCCGAACAUGUGGGCAUGGAGAUGUACUAGAGCAAGGGAGACAAUUUUCGAAAUGGAACGGAUUUGAAAUGGUUGGUCAUGUGUGUUUGGACUAUAAUGGAUCAAACGUGUCAAUGACCCUUGAAGAGUUCCAGAGCCAGCUCUAUAGUACUUACAACAGGUCUGAAGUCGUAGUUCUGUUUCCCCUGUUUGCAGGGGUUACUAAUGAACUGGAAACAUUUCGACUCAUUAUGAGUCAAAGAGAGUGCCAGAGGUCAAGUGUGUCGGCGAGCUUCUUUAGCAUUAGACCCAGCAAACUUGUCGAGACUAGUGCCGACAACUACAUUGACAAGUAUUUGAAACGAGGCAGGUACAUAUCUGUGAUGGUGAGGUUGGAGAGCAUUGUCAGGCCACUAAAACUAAAAGAAUUUACAGUCAAUAGGUGUCUUUAUCGCUUAUACAAGGUAGUCAAAAACUUAAAAUCAAAGUAUGGUUAUAGUGGUGUCGCUCUAUCCCUCGAUGUUGGAAUAUACGGCUCUUUGUAUUUUCGUGAAUUUCCGAAUGAAAUGGAUGCCAUCUUACCCGCCGUAAACAGGUUUAUAUCUAAGACAGUGGAGAGAGAUAUGACCUUGUCAGACUGGGAGAGCACUUUUACAAACACAACACUAAGGCAGAACCCUGGAUUUGUAGCAAUCAUGCAGAAGGCUAUAGCAGCAAGAGGUGAACUUCUUAUUCUGGUAGGUGAGGACUCCAGUUUCCAGAAGUCAGCACAGUUGAUGUUUAUUAUGACACAUCCCGACCCCGAAAGGGUCGUUCAUUUAGGAAAAACGUGUUGGUGACAUUUCAAAGUUGUAUCGAAGACUAUUAUUAC